UGUUCAAAAGUUAAAGUGUGUACCGGUCAAGUUCCCCACAUAGCUCGAAUCGCAUUACCCCUCUCCAUGUAAUGACGACACUCGUGUCCGGCACUACCGGCAGUUUGCCGUCACUAACUACGUCGGUGUACGCGAUUGAAGUCGUACCGCAUCUCUUGAGUCUGAUGACUCGUGGCCAGUGAGCUGGCGUGUUUUUAAUUUGUUUCAUUGUUUUUUGGUUGGUAUUGGCCUGUUUAGGUGACAACCAACACUUUAUAUUACCAGUUACGUGCUAUUACUCGAGUGCUCAACGGAAAUAGAGCAGCGGAGGUUGCACAUUCCUAACGCAAAAGGAACAAUUACUUUGGGAAGCGUUUUGGCAGUCGAUUCAACGAUAAUUGCGCUAUGGAUAGCUGAUGGCUGGAGUCUAUCUUUAAAGUGAUGGUUGCUAGUCGGUGGCUGCAACUAUACAGAUAACAAGCAACAAGACAAUCCAUGAAAGUUUUAACACAUUCAAGACUAAUAAUUGUUGAGAUGAUAAAUAUUAUUGCAAUUUAAUGUGUUAUUAAUUAGAAGGCACGGAGUGUUACUUAAGUCCAGUUAGUAAUCAUGAAAUGAAAUCUGACAAAUGAAGAACGAAGUUUCAGUAACUAAAAUCAUGACGGCGUUAGAAGAUGUAAAAAAAGAAAUAGUUAAAAUUAAUUAACUUCUGAAUAUUUCAAUUGUAGAAUCUUUUUAAAAACCAAAAGUUACUAGAUUGAAACUUACAUUUUCAUACAUGAUGGACCUUUCCAAAUUUCCACUUGACAACCAAAUAUGCACAAUGGAGGUAGCUAGUUUUUCAAAGACUGUUGAAGAGUUACGACUCGAAUGGAAAACCACUAAUCCUGUAAUAAUGGCUAAAGGAUUAAGAAUGUCUCAAUUCGAAAUUGUGGACAUUGUACCUUCUGAUUGUCAAGAAUCAUUUCAAAUUGGAAAUUAUAGCUGUCUAGUUGCUCAAUUUUAUAUAAGCCGAAGUGUUGGAUUUCAUUUAGUUCAAAGUUAUUUGCCGACUAUGUUGAUAGUAGUAAUAUCUUGGGUGUCCUUUUGGAUGGACGUAGAUUCAGUACCAGGACGCACUAUUUUAGUUGUGACUACACUAUUAGCUGUGGGAUCCCAAUCUUCAGGUAUUCAAAGCGGUCUACCCCAAGUGAGUUACGUAAAAGCUAUUAACAUGUAUUAACAUUGGGAAGCUAAUUACUUAAAUUAAUUUAGUAAAAUGUUAUAAAAAUUUUCUUUUAAAAAACAUUUACAAAAAUUACGCGUCAAUUAAUGGCCGGAUAUCUUUAAUAAAAAUUAUACUUUAGAUUAAAAA